AUGUGUGCUCGCCACAAGGGCUGCAGGUUGUUGCUGUUGGUGGUGGCACUGCUUGCUCGUGAGGCUGGGGACAGUUAUGUGGUCACCAGCGCCCCUGAAGGAAGAUUUGCAUACAUGGCAAGUCUGAGGAAUCAUGAAGAUGUGCACGUCUGUGGGGCAGUUCUCAUUCACCCAAAAGCGCUCCUGACAGCAGCGCAUUGCUUUGAUGAGUAUUCGGGUGUCGCUGCAAGGAUUCGUUGGGUGCACAUUGGAGCAUAUGACGUUGAUGACAACGAAGAUCAAGGUGUUCAGAUGGUGAAGAUCAGCAAGAUCACAAUCCACCCGAACUACACAGCUGGUCGCCUGCAGGGGGGCUAUGACAUAGCCCUCCUGCAGUUGAAGGAUGUGGUGACAGGAAUUGAUAUACCUGAGCUUGCAGAUCCCCACCUCUUCCUGCAUUGGCAGAUGAACCUAUACGCACUGGAGUGGUGGACUCACCUGAAGGUUAUUGGUGGUCGACCUUGUGCUGUGAAUGGUCACCUUCAGCUGUACUUGAAGGUCCCAGUGCAUUUUUUCGAAGACACAUGCAGAGGUGACCGUGGUGGACUAGUGUUACUUCCUGAUAUGCCAAGAGGCGAUUUCGUGAAUGGGAGUCCAAGGAAGGACCUCAUUGUUGGCGUGGCGGCAUUUGACCCAAACUGCAGCCAAUCUGACAAUAUUCGGUCUUAUACGAGGGUCAGCGCAGUGAGGAAAUGGAUAGAUGAAACCAUAGAGGCAUCCAGUGUUGCGCGUGACUGGAUUCCAGGUCCUGGUCCAAAGCUCAAGUCAACCUUUGCAUGCUGGAUUCUAUUCCAAGAUUCAUGGUCUGUAGUACAAGGGACCCUGCUAUUUGCUAAGCUGAAGUGGAAGGACGUGGAGCAUAGCCAACAAAACCAGGAGACUCUCUUCAGAGUGUUCACAAAGGAAACCGCAAAAAUAGCUGGAGUCCUGGAAGAUCGAGUUGUUAUCACGGCUAUCGAGAACAUGAACGGAAUUAUAGGCGUACGUUAUAAAGUAAGUUGGUGUUACUGGACUGCUUUUUGUCACAAUUUAUUGGAGAAGCAGUGUGCACAACGACCACAUUGA